AUGUCUGCUCUUGGGGUUGCUAUAUGCUGGAAUGCAGUGGAUGACCUCCAAAUGUGGUUAGAUGGUGCCCGCUAUUCCAACCAAUCGUCAUGGAUAUGGACAUGGACAGAGCUAUGGGACUGGAUUGUUGCAUUUCCAUGGAUACCUGCACUUUAUACUGGUGCAUUUUUCAACUGGAUUGCACCUAUGCAUAAUGUUUCAGCGACAGAAACAGCCAUAAUUUACGGGGAUGGAGCCACUGUGUCGUUUCUACUUGGUGAAAGGUGGGGUACACUUGGAUGGAUAGGGGCAGCUCUUGAGCUUGGUAACUAA